GCACACGCCCAGAGGAGUGUGACGAUGAGGAGUGAGGAGGAGGAGGAAGGCUCGGCCUGCUGUGACCAGCCUCACUCUGCAUGUGAAGCAGACUGAAGCUCCACACCUGAACCCAUGGGCCUGAAACUGUCCCGGCCCCCCCAGCUGUUCCCAGGAGACAUCGUGGAGUACCCCAGGAACAAGUACUUCUCUCAUUUCGCCGUGUACUACGGAGAGAGGGACGGCGUUCCCUACGUCGCUCACCUGACAAGUCGAGAUUCCGACUCCAAGCUGCCACUCUUUGGCCGAGCUCUGAGGUCAGAGGUCAAACUGGAUCCGCUGGAGCUGCUGGGGAGGAAAUACAAGGUCAACAACAUGCUAGACGACUCGUUCUCGGCCAGAGACUUCCACGGCGUGGUGAAGCCCGCCAUCGACGACCUGAUGGGGCGUGAGGUCACGUUCGACAUCCUGUUUCACAACAGCGAACACCAGGCGACGCUCCUCCGGUACGGAGUCAAGAAGUCUGAGCAGAUCGAGACAAUCUAUGAACACAUCAUGCCGGCCUGGAAGAAGCUGUUUGAGGAGAAGAAGCUGUGAACACUGCUUUGUGUGCACUUCUCAUUCUGACCACAAGAGGGCCACAUUGUUCUCAUGGCAUCGAGAAGGUUAUGAGAUUAAGAACAAUGCAAUGUUUGUUUAUGUCCUUUUCUUUAAGACAUUUCAGCUAAUCUCACAUUUUUUAUAAAUUGUUUGACUUUGUGGAAAAGGUUUAAGGAUAAAGUCGUAAUAUGUUGAGAAUAAUGUAAUCUUUUCUUUUAUAAUAAAGUUAAUAAUUUACAUAAAUUCAUUUUUAAAGCAAGUCAUAAUUUUACAAUAUAAUAUUUAUAUAUUUUGUCAUAACAUAACUUUUCAAAAAAUAUUAAGACUUCAUUCUUGAAAUUUAAAAAAUCUAAACGUACAAAGGUCAUAAAUAAGCUCAACUUUUUGGUUUAAUUUAUUCGAGUUUGAAUUAUAAUUUUAUCAUCCAGCUGUUUUUACUGUUUUAUUCUUUCAUUAUUUUUUGUCGUUAUUUCUUUUUGUGAAUUGUUUUAGUUGAAGUUCACAUAAACCUUCCUCUUCAUUUCCAGAUCAAUCGAAUUGAUCCCAAAGUUUUAUUGUCACAGAUGUUUUGUCAAAUCUACACUUUACUAAUAAAGUUAUUUGGAGACGCUU